AUGAUUCUUCCCUUGUUAGCAUCAAUGAAAAACAAUGGAAACAAAAUUCAAAUCAACUUUCCCAAUUUAUAUAAAGAUGUCGAAGCAGCAUUUAAUCAAAAAUACCGUCAACGUGUUGCAAGACAAAUCAAGAUUGUCAAGCAAGAUGUAACAGAAGAGGAAUUAGAUGCCAUUAUGGACUCUGACCAACAAAAUCAAAUCUUCGCUCAAAGUUUGAUGCAAAACAGUAGAUCGGGUCAAGCCAAGGCUGUUUUAUCCGAAGUUCAAACAAGACAUGAUGAUAUUAAACGCAUUCAAAAGACUAUUCUGGAACUGGCUCAAUUAUUUGAAGACAUGCAAAUGAUGGUCGAAGAGCAGGGUGAGACCAUCACUCAGAUCGAAUCUCACGCACAAAAUGCAGAAACCGAUGUAGAACAAGGUGUAAAGCAUAUCGAUAGAGCCAUCAUUAUUGCGAAGUCUACUCGUGCUAAAAAAUGGUGUUGUUUCUUUAUCACCAUUAUUCUCGCCGUAGUUAUCGCUAUUCUUGUUUGGUGGUUUGCAUUUGGCCAUCCGGGUGUUGGCGGCGGUAACAAGGAUGAAGGCACAAACUAA